AUGCAUAACAUCUUCCGGGUUCCCUUUCGUUCUGCCAGAUUGUGCAGUCGAUUCUUGAGACGAAAUGGUAUUCUGGCCGAGCUUAGUGCCAUUGCUCGAGAGCAGCAACUUCAACGAGGUUUGUCGACAAGUGCAAUAGUAGAAAAGGUCCAUAAACAGAAGCCAAAGAAAGGACAACAAGUAAGGUUUUGGAAUAUUCUUUCUUCAUUCUUUAGGUACGAUUUUAUACAUACUUCAGAAGCAUAGCGAAUACUUUUAGUCCGCACUCCCCCCAGUCAAUGAUCACCUUCCCUUCCAAUUCGACGAGUAUGAUUACGCUUUAUCCGAGAUGAAAUCUCUUGAAGGGCGGCUUGAGGAGGAACUUCAGCGUCAUUUUGGGACUAAAGUUGACCUACGACAGUAUGAGGAUAUUAAAGUUCACAUCUCCGGAACAGAUGAGGUUCAUCGUCUUGGCCAUCUCGCCCGAAUCUCAUUGAAGACCCCGCAGCUGAUAAUGAUCAACUUUACAGACAAGCCUACAGCCAUCAAGGAUGCUAAAGUAGCCUUGCAAAAAAGUGCGCUGAAUGUGAAUCCUCAACAUGAAGGUAGGUAGUCUAAUAUGAUUAAUAUUUUUGAAAUUUAGAUAUGUUAUGGUGAUGCUAAACGGAUGAUCUUUGCAGGUAUCAUGCUGUACAUCCCUGUGCCUCGUAUGACCCGCGAAAGGCGAGAACAACUUGCCAAGGAUGCCAGAACAGUCCUUUUAAACGAUUAUAAGAAGGCUCUGAAUGAUGUAAGUUGAUUUAUCCCUUACAGUUGUUCUUUCAAUGUUUAGGUGUAUUCCAAGAGCGACAAGAAGGCAUCAACUACCAAGGAAUUGGACAAGGCGAAAGCGAAACGCGCGGCUUUGUUGAACCUCAAACAUCAAUACGAGAAACGGGCGGCUGCUCUGAUCGAAGAGAAACAGAAACAGCUCCUCACCGAAGUGGCCUGA